AUGAAACAGGCGAGCGUGGUGAAGGCCGGCACCAAUGAUGCCGACGCCGAGGACGCCGCCGCCGACAACAACGCCGCCGCCGACAACGCCGCUGCCAACAACGCGGCUGCCGCUGCCAACAACGCCGCCGCCGCUGCCAACAACGCCGCCGCCGCUGCCAACAACGCCGCCGCCGCUGCCAACAACGCCGCCGCUGCCAACAACGCCACCGCUGCCAACAAUGCCACCGCCGCCAAUAACGCCGCCACCGACGACAACGACAACGACAACGACAACGACAACGACAACGACAACGACAACGACAACGACAACGACAACGACAACGACAACGACAACGACAACGAGGACGACAACGACAACGACAACGACGACGACGGCGCCAUGACGACAUGA